CCGGCUGGAGCGGAGCCCAGAGCCUCGGCUGCCCGGCCGACGGAUGCCCCGGCAGGGCCUGUCCAUGGAUGCCAGCAAGAAGGUGGAUCUGAAGAUAAUCAUCAUCGGAGCUCUGGGCGUGGGCAAAACCUCCCUCCUGCACCAGUACGUGCACAAGACAUUUUACGAGGAUUAUCGCACCACGCUGGGCGCCAGCAUCCUGACCAAGGUCCUGGCGGUGGACAACACCCCCCUGAAGCUGCAGAUCUGGGACACAGGGGGACAGGAGCGAUUCCGGUCCAUGGUGUCGACGUUCUACAAGGGCUCAGACGGCUGCAUGCUGGCCUUCGACGUGACAGACAGGGAGUCCUUCGAGGCCCUGGACAACUGGAGAGAUGACUUUCUGGAGAAGGUCAUUCCAAGGGAGCAGGAUUUCCCCAUGGUCGUGCUGGGGAACAAAAUAGACCUCUGUGAUCGGCAGGUGCCCAAGGAAACCGCCUCAGCCUGGUGCAAGGAGAAAGAUAUCCCUUAUUUUGAGGUCAGUGCCAAGAACAACAUCAACGUGGCAGAGGCUUUCGAGACCCUGGCGAAGCAGGCGCUAACGACGUACAAAGGGAUUUUUGAGAGUUAUUUAACUGACUCCAUCAAACUCACUCCCUAUGACAAGCCCAAGAAGAGCUGCUGCUGACCCCGGGCACUCCCCACACUGGACCCCACGAUGCCCACGGCUGGAGCCCCUCCCAGGGGUCUGUGCCCUGUGCCCAUCCCAGGACUGUCCAAGCCAGGGCACAGAAGGACCAGCACUGGACACAGCGGGGACAGCUCACUGUGCCCCCCAGGACUUGCUGCUUCCCACGGCUCCAGAGCUGCUCUCCUGAACCAGCAAAUCCCAAAUUGCUGCUGUGUCACGGUGGCCCCAUCCCCCUGGAUCUGCUGCCAUCUGGCACCCGAGCAGGCAAUGCCCCUGUGGUGACAGUGCCAGGGUCCCUGUGGUGACAGUGCCAGGGCCCCUGUGGUGAUGGUGCCAGUGCUCCUGAUGCCUUUUGAGAGACCACGACCUUGGCCCCAGAGCUGUCCCUUCUCACUGCAUGGGCUGGUGGCCCCACAGUGCUCACGGGGGGGACAUGUGGGGCUGGUGGCCUUACCACAGGGCUGAGAGCAGCUGGGUCCCCUCCUGGGAUCAGCCAUGGUGGAGGCAACUGUUCCGUGCCUCGUGCCUUGGUCUCCCCUGCCCUCAUGCACAUCGUCCAUCAAACACCUUCCACUCC